CUACGUUUGAACUUUGAUGGAGAUUUCAGCAGAUUAUGUAGAUUGUGCUGCACAAAUAGAAAUGUUGAAGUGAAAUUUAGCUUUGAAUUUUGAUAUUAUUCAAUAAAGCCAUAAGAAAAAUUGAUUUAGGAUAGCGUCCAGCUACAUUUUUGAAAGCAUGAGCUAAAGUCACUCGAAACAUCCAACUCAGAAAAAUGUUACUUGAGUCAACAUUUAUGUUAUAAAAAUUUCUAGGUCGAAAGAAAUGUGUUUUCAUAUACAUUCUACAUGUACACAAAAUGUAAACAGAACAUAAAAACUUUAAAAUGGGUUCCAGGUUAAGAGAACCUGGUAAUUUGUUUGAGCUGUAUUGUGAGGUGUCACCGGGCGAUCAUACGAGCGAGCCGCACAUACUGAAGAAAUAUCCUGAAAACUAUAAAAAUGAAGAGGAGUUAAAAAACUUACCAAAGUUCACAUUUCCUUGUCCUUUAGAUAGUGCGUACGUUCAGCAAUACUCAUUUGUUUUAACAUCGGUGGAUUCCAAAUACACCUUUUGUUUCUGCCGCUAUGAUCCCAAAGCGAACAAGGCGCUGGUGAUUUUGUCUCAUCUACCAUGGCAUGAUCUUUUUUACAAGUUACUAAACUGCAUAGCGAACCUAGUGAACGGUCCAGACAGACACAAACUCAACUCGUUUCUAGAAGUAUCUAGAUGUAGACGGCCGAGCCCAGGAAGCACAUUCAAAGUGGCAUGCGACAACGAUGGCAUUAUAUUCUCAGCGGAGUGCCCAGAUAACAAGCUGCCUAGGAUACCUGAUAAUUGUAACCUAACAGAAUACUUCAGCGCAUUGGACGCUCACUGUAUGGCCGGGCUAUGGGCGGCCCUUCUACACGAGCGGCGAAUAGCCAUAGUCGCCUCCAAACCGUCGAGAUUGUCCGCGUGUGUGCAGGCCGCUAAUGCGACGUUAUUCCCCAUGUCCUGGCAACACAUCUUCAUACCCAUACUGCCGAAACAUCUGAUCGAUUACCUGCUAGCGCCCAUGCCGUUUCUCAUUGGAGUGCCGAGGAGUGUUAUGUCGUCUGUCCGUCUGUCGGAAGUGGGUGAAGUGGUGAUAGUGGACGUGGACGCGAACGAGCUGCGGUCGCCGUUCAACGAUCUCGACACACUACCACCUGAUAUGGUAGCUAAUUUACAGAAGGCUCUGAGUGACAAGAACGCGUUAGGUGACGCCGUGUCGCGGGCGUUUCUGCGCGCGCUUGUUACUCUCAUAGGAGGUUAUAGAGAUGCUAUCAAAAUAGAAAAAGGUCACAUGAUAACGUUUAGCGAAGAGGCAUUCAUCAAGACAAGGAAAAACAUGCAGCCAUUCCUAAAGAAAAUACUCCAGUCACAAAUAUUUCAACAGUUCAUAGAUGAGAGGUUAGAACUCCUAAACUCCGGUCGUGGUUUCAACGAUGAAUUCGAGGUCGAAUGUAAUUACUUUGCCGACCGAGUCAACGCAGCAGGCGGUCAGAAACUCAAGCAGCAGUAUAAAGACUGGGCGAAGAAUGUGAGGAAAGAAGGAGGGGCUUUCUUCAGAAAUGUUAAAGAUAAGGCGAAUCCCGCGGUACAGUCGGCGGUGAAAACGGUUCGUCAAGGCGGCAAGAACAUGAAGUCUGCAGUGAAAGGGUUCAAAAUUAAAAUGCCCAAAACUGGAUCGAGACCUUCAUCGUUGAAUACUACGGACGAUAGCAGGUUCUCAUGCGGCUCCGCGACCCCCGUAUCAUCGGACUCUGAGAGCCCACCCGAGCGGCCGUCACGCGACCCCCCUCUCCCACUCGAUCUGCUCACCGAGAUGGAGUUCCUUUUCGGGGGGUCGAGGAGGGACAGCCUCCCCCCUACCACAACAGCUCAGCUGAGGAUAGAGGAUAAGUCGAAGACACUGUCGCCCCGUCCCCCUCCUCGCUUACCUGAACGCCCUCCCCCAACCCUCAGGUACCCUAUAGUUUCCACCAGAAAACUAGUCGACCUAUCCGACGCCCCUGUACCGCCACCCCGAAACACACACUCCAACCAUUUCAUUAGCAACAUCACCAAAAACGACACAGCCACCGAAUUCCAAACUACCACCAUCCGGUUCCAAGACAACGGGAAGGAGAAAUUGAAGUUGAGUUUGAGCAACCAGCGCCGGCCGAGUAAGACGCUUCGGCCCCCAGAAGUGACCAACAAGGGACGAACGCACGAGCCCGCUGAGGAGGUGGACCUUAUAAAGUUGGACGACAGUCCCCCCGAUUUAGCGGAUUUUGACCCCUUGAAGCGAAGGGAGCCCGACCCACUCAAGUCUACGGACAGCGCGCUACUUCACGAGUACGGUUUGGACUUCAGUCAGUUCGGAAUGUCGGAUUUCUCCGCCGGUUCGAGUACUCAGGACUCAUCUGUACCUAAGGGAUGGACCACAUUCAACUAAAACUUUCUGAAUGAUCGUAUUCUACGUUCGUGGAUACUCAUGUUUAACAGCAAUAUAACAGUUUUCUUGCCCUAUUUGCAAUGUAACUGUUGAAUAGAAAAGGAACUGCAGAAAUUAAAAAAAGCGCAUAAAGGAAUGUGGAAUCUAUCUUCCUACCUGGGAAUAACAAGCGCGUAACUGACCGGAGUGGAGAAACACUGUGCAAAGAAAGAUUCAUCAAAGGCAGAUAAGGUUUUCGAAAUAGACCGCUUUCUAACAUCCGGUAGGAAGGCGUGAGUAGAUGAAGUGGCUAACAUUUUAUAACAUAAGAGCAAUAAUUCAUUCCUUCCCUUAUAAUUUGAACGUACCUUGUAACUUACCUACUUCAUUAUCAGGCUAACUUUGUAAGUAUACAUAAAAUCUACAUUUUUAUUGCAAUUCAUUUUUCCGAUCCUAAA